AUGGGGCCAGCGCCUGAGGCAAGGGUGCAUUUCCAAGUAAAGUGGUUCAUUAUAGAGGCAAGUAACCUCUGCCAGAUAUUUCCCAUUCCCAUUGCCACUGCUUGUGCAAUUUACCACAUAUUCUUGUGAGAGAUCAACCUGGAUGCCUAUGACCCAUACCUGGUCGCCAUGUCUUCCAUUUAUUUGGCUGAAAAAAUAGAGGAGCAACACCUGUGUACUCCUGAUAUUAAUAUAUCCAACAGGUACUUUAACCUGAGCAGCAACCCUUUGGAGCUGGACUCUCACUUCUGGGAGCUCUGAGACAACAUCGUGCAGUCUAAAUUCCUCAUGCUGAGACUUCUGCACUUCUAGGGCUCCUUCCAGCAUCCACACAAUUUCCUGCUCCACUACCUGAUUUUCCUCAAGAACUGGUUGAAUCAUUACAGCUGGCAGUGAACACCCAUCUCUGUCACAGCCUGGGUCCUCCUAGUUGAUUAUUGGGGGCUGUGCCUUCAGUUUCAGGCUCAGCACCUAGGGUCAGUGUUAUACCUGACUCUGCAGGUUUUUGGAGUGGUGCCUGCUGAGUCUGAGACUAAGAAACUAUGGAGGCAAGUGUUUAGUGAUGACCUUACCAAGUCAACCAUUGAUAAUAUUGUGUCUGAUCUCAUUCAGAUUUAUAUUGUGGACAUGGAAAUUCCCUAG